CAUCGUCAUUGUCACCAUCUACUCGUACAUGAUGCUGAUCGCUAGACAACAUAUGAGGCGCAUCCAGCCGCUGAGUGGAGCCGGCGGUCCGCAAGAGGAAGCUGCAGAGAGUCACGCCUUCUAUACCGCUCUCGUCAAGCAUCUGAAGCUGGCGAAGACGUUCGGCAUUGUCGUCGGCGCCUUCCUCGUCUGCUGGACGCCGUUCUUAUUGAUGAUGGCUUUGAAGCUCGCUGGCAUCCGACACGAGCUGCUGGAUCUACUGCGUGGAGUCGGCUUCGUGCUGGCAUACUGCAACUCCUUCAU